AGUGUUCAUUUCGUGAUUGGCGAAGGAGAGAUAUGGGGGUCCUCUGAAUCCCCCCUCCCACGUCCACCUCGAGCUCAGCUUCUGUUCCCAGACUGGUUCUCACACACUAUUUACUACGGCUUGAAAUGUGGCACAACGCUCUGAACCGGAAUACUGCUCUGUGACAACUGGAGGAUUUUGCGUGCACGCCGUAUUGGUUUUCCAUACGAGGAGAGAGAGCGGAGAAUAUACUUUUGCCAUGACAGUGGAUUUGUUGACGAUUUUGUGUGUAAUCACUACGGUGGCUGCAGUGGAAGAAACCGUGAUGGACACUCGCACGGCGACAGCGGAGCUGGGUUGGACAGCAUAUCCAGGAUCAGGGUGGGAGGAGGUGAGCGGCUACGACGAGAACCUCAACACCAUUCGCACGUACCAGGUGUGCAACGUCUUCGAGCCCAGUCAGAACAACUGGCUCCUGACCACCUUCAUCGACCGCCGGGGUGCCCAGCGCAUCUACGUGGAGAUGCGUUUCACCGUGCGCGACUGCGGCAGCAUCCCCAACGUGCCGGGCUCCUGCAAGGAGACCUUCAACCUCUACUACUACGAGACCGACUCGGUCAUCGCCACCAAGGGCUCGUCCUUCUGGAUGGAGGCACCCUACCUGAAGGUGGACACCAUCGCCGCCGACGAGAGCUUCUCGCAGGUGGACUUCGGCGGGCGUCUGAUGAAGGUCAACACGGAGGUGCGCAGCUUCGGGCCGCUCUCGCAGAACGGCUUCUACCUGGCCUUCCAGGACUACGGCGCGUGCAUGUCGCUGCUGUCCGUGCGCGUCUUCUACAAGAAGUGCCCGAGCGUGGUGCAGAACUUCGCCGUCUUCCCCGAGACCAUGACGGGCGCCGAGAGCACCUCGCUGGUGAUCGCCCGCGGCGUCUGCAUCCCCAACUCCGAGGAGGUGGACGUGCCCAUCAAGCUCUACUGCAACGGCGACGGCGAGUGGAUGGUGCCCAUCGGACGCUGCACCUGCAAGCCCGGCUUCGAGCCCGACAAUGGCAACGUCUGCCGAGCCUGCCCCCCAGGGACAUUUAAAUCGAGUCAGGGGGAGGGACUGUGCCUGCAGUGUCCCCCCAACAGCAGGUCCACCUCGGAGGCUGCCACCAUCUGCGUGUGCAGGAAUGGCUACUACCGCGGAGACACGGACCUGCCUGACAUGCCCUGCACCAGUGUCCCCUCGGCACCGCGCAACGUCAUCUCCAUCGUCAACGAGACGUCGGUGAUCCUGGAGUGGCACCCCCCGCGCGAGACGGGCGGUCGCGACGACGUGGUCUACAACAUUGUGUGCAAGAAAUGCCGCGCCGACCGGCAGACGCACUGCUCGCACUGCGACGACAACGUGGAUUUUGUGCCGCGGCAGGUGGGCCUGACGGAGACGCGCGCCUUCAUCAGCAACCUGCUGGCCCACACGCUCUACACUUUUGAAAUCCAGGCUGUCAACGGAGUAAGCAACAAGAGUCCCUACCCGGCCCAACACGUGGCCAUUGACAUCACGACUAACCAGGCCGCUCCCUCCAUAGUACCCAUCAUGCACCAGGUCAGCUCGACCAUGAAGAGCUUCACGCUGUCAUGGCCGCAGCCCGAGCAGCCCAAUGGCAUCAUCCUGGACUACGAGCUCCGCUUCUAUGAGAAGGAUCUGUUGGAGGUGAACUCCACCAUGGUGAAGAGCCAGACCAACACCGCACGUGUGGAGGGCCUGAGACCCGGCACCGUGUACGUGGUGCAGGUGCGAGCCAGGACAGUGGCCGGCUUCGGCAAAUACAGCAGCAAGAUGUGCUUCCAAACUCUGACAAAUGAGGACUACAAGUCAGAGCUGAGGGAGCAGCUGCCUCUGAUAGCGGGCUCGGCGGCGGCCGGCGUGGUGUUCAUCGUGUCCUUGGUCGCCAUCUCCAUUGUCUGCAGCAGGAAACGGGUCUACUCCAAAGAUCCGGUGUACAGUGACAAGCUCCAGCAUUACAGCACUGGAAGAGAACUCUCUUUGAGACCUGAUCUGACUAACUGCCACUCCCCCAUCGGCUGCCCGACCCACUUCUCAGGCUCGCCGGGGAUGAAGAUCUACAUUGACCCCUUCACCUACGAGGACCCCAACGAGGCUGUGCGUGAGUUCGCCAAGGAGAUCGAUGUCUCCACCGUCAAAAUUGAAGAGGUUAUUGGGGCAGGUGAGUUUGGGGAGGUGUACAAGGGCCGUCUGAAACUGCCAGGCAAGCGGGAGAUCUACGUAGCCAUCAAGACACUGAAGGCGGGCUACUCGGAGAAGCAGAGGCGGGACUUCCUGUCGGAGGCCAGCAUCAUGGGCCAGUUUGACCACCCGAAUAUCAUCCGUCUCGAGGGCGUGGUCACCAAGAGCCGGCCCGUCAUGAUCGUCACGGAGUUCAUGGAGAAUGGAGCGCUGGACUCCUUCCUCAGGCAAAAUGAUGGCCAGUUCACCGUCAUCCAGCUGGUGGGCAUGAUGCGCGGUAUCGCUGCGGGGAUGAAGUACCUGUCGGAGAUGAACUACGUGCACCGUGACCUGGCUGCCCGCAACAUCCUGGUCAACAGCAACCUGGUGUGCAAGGUGUCCGACUUCGGCCUCUCGCGCUACCUGCAUGACGACACGUCCGACCCCACCUACACCAGCUCCCUGGGUGGUAAGAUUCCCGUGAGGUGGACCUCCCCCGAGGCCAUCGCAUACAGGAAAUUCACGUCUGCCAGCGACGUGUGGAGCUACGGCAUCGUCAUGUGGGAGGUGAUGUCCUUCGGCGAGAGACCCUACUGGGACAUGUCCAACCAAGAUGUGAUCAACGCUAUUGAGCAGGACUACCGCCUGCCCCCGCCCAUGGACUGCCCUGCUGCCCUGCACCAGCUCAUGCUGGACUGCUGGCAGAAGGACCGCAACGCCCGGCCGCGCUUCAAUGACAACGUCAACACGCUGGACAAGCUCAUCCGCAACCCCACCAGCCUGAAGGCCGUGGCCAGCAUGCCCCCUGUGCCCUCACAGCCUCUGCUGGACAGGUCUGUCCCGGACUUCAACACCUUCAGCUCAGUGGAGGAGUGGCUGGCUGCCAUCAAGAUGACUCAGUACAGGGACAACUUCCUCAACUCCGGCUUCACCUCCCUCCAGCUGGUGGCACAGAUGACCUCAGAGGACCUGCUGAGGAUUGGCGUGACGCUGGCCGGCCACCAGAAGAAGAUCCUCAACAACAUCCAGUCCAUGCAACUGCAGGUGAGCCAGUCGCCCACGGCGCUGGCAUGACUACAGCGGGCGCCCGGCGACGACACCGGGACAGGGAUGGGUACAGGAAUGGGCACUGGGACCGGGAGCGUCCGCCGGAGUCGCCCACGCGCGACCCCUGACCUGUCACCCGAACGCGCCAGGGUGGAGACCAUCAUCUUAAUCUGAGGAGCCGCUACACAUUCUGAAGAGAGAGAGGAGUGGAGAGAGUGGAGUGGAGAGAGGAGAGGAAAGGAGGGAGAGAGAGAAAGACCUAGAGACCUGAGAGGAGCCCUUUCAUCUUCAAUGGGUAGAUGGCCUGCUGGAAACACAUGCUCCAAAACACAAGUGCACUGUGCUAUCAGCUAGCCAACGAGCAAGCCAGCCUGCUAGCCAGUCCACCAAGUAGCCUGGAAUCUGUCCCCAGCCCAGCCAGGGCGAGAUUUAAAACACAAACACCAGGAGAAUCAAACGUCACAGGAUUACUAAAACCCGAGAGGGAUGUGGGCAGGCUGAGCAUGGAGAGGAAAAUGCUGAUUUUUUUUAAGCUCCUUUUUGUCCUCAUUCGCUCCUGAUUCUCCCUAUGGUUUCUUGUUCCGUUUUCCUUUUUUUUUGGCAACAUCAAAGAAAUAUAAUGAAACAGUGUAAAGACAGUGUUAUUAUUUUUGGCCCAUUUGUACGAAAAAAAAGAGACACAGAUACCUCUUCAGUCUUUUCACUUUCACUGCUAAACACUACCUGUGUAUUCCUAGGAUUGUGGGCUUUGCCAAAGGACUCUUCGAAUGCCCACAUCCAGAUUCUAGUCCAUUUAGGGGGUGGGUGGGAUAUAUAUAAAUAUGUGUGUAUAUCUCUGAAUAAAUAUGAAUAUAUCUUCAGAAAUAAAUCUUCAUAUUGAAGGUGACAUGUAAUUAAUAUAUAUGUACAUACUGUCUCUGCUUGCAUUUUUGGCAAAGACUGCUGGAGCAAAAUGGACAUAUUAGAGACCCGCCGCCGAUUGGGGACAAAGCCGAAGUCCUUGUUGACUUCCGUACAUCAUUGUGAAAGAACUCAUGGACAAAUUUUGGACAGACGGCGAUGGCCCUGUUCAACGUUGUAUAAAGCCGACUUAGUUGUCUAUAGAAAUGUGUAUGGGAGAAAAAAAGAGCAUAAUGUUCAAUGAUCCAUGCCUAGAUAGUGACUUUCUCUCUGGCCCUGGCCUGGCCCGGAUCUGGCCCGGUGUGGAGUCGGUGUAUAUCUGUCUAGGUGCUUAUUCUGGGUGUUUUCCAUGCUGUGCUUCGCUGGCUGACACUCGCUUGUACAGAAACCUUUAUUCCUUUUUAGUGCUUUCUCUCUUGUUUAAUGUUUUAAGUGCUUGGAGGUGUUGAGAACAGUUGGGACUGUCAGGCCAAUGCUGCCCAAACGCUCUGGUACGUACGUAACUACACGUCGAUGUUGCACUGUUAAUAUACUGUAAUAAUGUUCGUCCUACAGGGUCCUCAACACUAAAUGUCUGAAAAAGUGUUUACAAAAAAAAUGUUUUAGUGUCAGAUGCUGGUUAAGCAGGAGGGGAGGGGGUAAAAAAAACAGAACAGCAAAAUGCUCAGUGUCAUUCAGCAUCAGGACAUGAACACCUUGCAUUUUAAUGCAGAAAAAUGACCUGUCAUGGUAGGUUACCCUCAGCCCCAGUGAUAUUAAGCUGAACGCGCUUUGGCUAACGCGGAGAGAGGCACAGUCAAGCACGGCCAUGAGUAGACUGGCUAUCACACACACACACACACACACACACACACACCUGUCUGCACAUGAGGAGGGGAGAGGAACAUCUGGGCAUGGCUCAGCCAACAGACGCCCAGUGCCAUCUCAAUGAGCACACUCACUUAAACAGUUACAUAGAGCCUUCAUCUCUCUCUCUCUCCCUCUCUCUCUCUGCUGGCCCGGUCCAGUCCAAUCUGGUCUGGUUCGGUCUGGUGGUUUCACUCGGGACGGUAGUGACUAAGUGGUCUCCCCUUCUGUUGCCAUGGUGAACUAGUUUGCCGUGUCAGAGGGAAGGAGUGUUCUUAAAUUCACUCUGCUCAUUGGGGUUCAUCUUCCAAAUAUAUAUAUAUAUAUACAAGGAAAAUAGAUGGUGACAGACGCUGAAGUUGUGGCCUGGGAGUUAAUGAGACUCAGGGAGAAUGUUUGAGAGAGAGACAAAGGAGAGAGAGAGCUGAUGAUGUGAUGGUUUUUUUUUUUCAGUACCGUCACACUACAGCCUGGGCCUUGCUUUAGCUAACCUCUUCCGUUCCCGUGCCAACUGCUUUUCUUUCUAUUCAUAGUUUGUUUCCAUUUCUACGGGGGAGCUGGCUGGGCAUAAGAUAGAGAAGUCCACCUUGUGCCCUGAAGCGAGAGACUGAUGACAGGCCAUUAGCAGAUUAUUGAGUAUCUUCACCCUCAACUGCAAUGGGAGAGAUCCAGAUCAUUCGUCCAGUGGUGCUUGCAUAGCCAGGCUGUCUCUAUAUCUCUAUGUCUGCAUUAGCCUGGUUAAAGGAUGGCUGACUAUUCUCCGGUUGUGACGUGAUGGUGUGGUUUAGUGAUGAUUGGGGGAGGGGGUCUUGACCACCUGAUGAGUCUCCCUCUCAUCCCCUCCUUCACACAUGUGACACCUCGGCCUAUGAGUGACAGAUGUUCUGCCAUCCCUACGUACACACACACACACACACACACAAACACACUGAUGGAAGAGCCCAGCUCGUAAUGAAGAGCGAGAGGGCUGAGAACUGUCAGCACAGGCCCUGGAGGGAGGGACAGGGGAGAGAGAGAGAGAAGUAGAGAGGGAGGAGGGAAGGAUAGAGAGAACAAAGAGAUUGAGAGGGCAGUGUGAAUAGAAGAGCUGACGGACCCACUGGGCUUUCCUCAGUUUCUGCCUAACCCCCAGAUUUUAAUGAGCGCCUGACACAAUGAGUGAGUGACACGUCUCUGGGAGUACUCUCACACAAGCCCGGCCAGGACCCGAGCCAUUGUGCAGGUUGGUUCUGACGGACUCCACAGGGACUGCUUCAAGCAAGUUCACACUAAAGUACCGGUCGGAGACGACCGUCAGACCCGAAAUGAAUUGAUUCAUGGCAUGCAUUGUGUGUGUGUGUGUGUGUGUGGGGGGGGCGGAUGUCUGAGAUGACAGUUUAAUGAAAAAUAGAAAAUGUAUAAUUUAUAUUUAAAUGUGUAUGUCGGUACGUAUGAUUUUUUUUUUCCAUGUGUGUAUGGGGAGAUUGUCAUCACUACAUGAAAGGUUAUCCUCUAUUUCUUCAGCUCUGACUGACAGAGUCAUGGAUCUGUCUAUUUGAUUUCUUUCUUCAGCCUCUUUGGCGGUGUAACAGGGAGUUCUUUCAGUAACCCACUCAGGCCAUUUAUCUCUCUAUGGGGUAAUGGACCAUAUUGAUUAGAGUCUAAUUUUCACCCGACUAUGCCUGAAGCAGAGAAGAGUGGCCUUUGCUGGAUUAUAUCAGAUGGCGAGACCUGAGGGUGAGGGGGGCCUCACUUUGGGCCAUGCAGCAGUGCAGACAUCAGGCUAACAUGCUAAUCUGAACUUCUACAAGGGGAUUGUAUAAAUGUGUGUGUGUGUGUGUGUGUGUGUUUCUUUCUUAGGAUAUACCUGUAUUUUGUAUGCAGGCUUUUGUUUUUCUUGAAUCCCUGAAAAAUCACUGAGCGAGUGAGAGAGGUAGAGAAAGAAGGAGGGGGACACUUAAAGCAUGGCAUGGACAAACUCACUGUACAAUACCUACCAGAUGAAGGACCAGAACACCCCCAACCCUGCCCACCCCCCUACUUUGUGUCUUUCUGUAUAGUUAACACUUGUUUAUUGUGAUGAGUAUGUCAGAGUUUGUAUCUGUAACUUUCUGAGAAAUAUUGUAUUAAAAAAAAACAUGCACUCAAUAAAAGCCCUUGGAAAAAUUCA